AUGGGUUCUUUUCAGACAUACGCUGGCUAUCUUUUCCUGGCCAUCAUCAUCAUUCGACUUGUUUCGAACAAGUUCAGACUAUCUGGCAUUCCAGGUCCAUGGCUUGCUGCGUAUACUCGACUGUGGAAGGUAUACGAUGUGUGGAAAGGCGACGCCCAUCAAAAUGCCAUCCAGCUGCACCGGAAAUACGGCAAGAUGGUUCGCAUCGGGCCUCGCCAUGUUUCAUUCAGCGAUCCAAAAGCGCUUCCAAUCAUCUACGGACUGGGAAAGGGGUUUAACAAGACUGCAUUCUUCCCGCUGCAAAGCAUCGUAUGGGAACAGAAACCACAGAUGAACCUCUUCUCCACCCGAGACGAACAAUAUCACCGCGAACAGAAACGAGCCGUCGCCAACGCGUACAGAAUGAAUUCGCUGUUGGAAAUGGAGUCGUCUGUGGACUCCUGUACGGAUGUCUUCAUCUCGCAGAUGGGCAAGUUUGCAGACGCAAAGAAACCGGUGGAUCUGGGGAUAUGGCUACAGUACUAUGCGUUUGAUGUUGUUGGGGAGUUGACAUUCUCGAAGAAACUGGGCUUUCUGGGAGAAGGACGCGAUGUAGAUGAUAUGAUACAGGCUAUUCAGGGACUGCUGCUGUAUGCGAGUGUGUGUGGGCAGAUUCCUGAAGCGCAUCCAUUUCUACUUGGGAAUCCACUGCUGCCGUUGCUUAUCCCGAGUAUGGAGAACUGGAAUCAAGUGCUGCGGUUUACCUUGAAGGCGAUGAGCUCACGCAUGUCGGUGCACAACGAUGGGAAAAUAGAGCAGGACAGCGACAGCACUGGCAAAGACAUGCUGUCCCGCUGGAUGGCCGUCCACCAAGCUGAUCCCGAACGCCUCUCCUCCCGAGACAUGAUCGUGCAUCUAUCCGGGAAUGUCUUUGCAGGCUCCGACACCACCGCCAUCGCCCUCCGCGCCAUCAUCUAUCUCCUCAUCACCCACCCGGACAAGCUGUCCAAAGUGCAAGCCGAGAUCGACACUGCAGCCCAACAAGGCCACCUCAGCAACCCCCUCUCCUACCGCGAAUCCCUCACCCACCUCCCCUAUUUCGCCGCCGUCAUGAAAGAAGCAAUGCGCCUGCACCCCUCCGUCGGCCUCAUCCUCGAACGCCACGUCCCCUCCACCGGCGCGACCAUCUGCCACCAAUACCUGCCCCCCGGCACAGUGGUGGGUAUCAACGCCUGGGUCCUCCACCAUAAUGAGGACAUCUACCCCGAUCCCGAAUCAUUCAUCCCCGAGCGCUGGUUAGACAGUUCGGCGGAUAAGUUGCGGGAGAUGGAGCAGAGUUUCUUUGCGUUUGGGGGUGGAUCGAGGACGUGUAUUGGGAAGAAUAUCUCGUUGAUGGAGAUGCAUAAAGUUCUGCCGCAGUUGUUGAGGACGUUUGAGAUUCGGCUUCAUGAGGGGAGGCCGUGGAAGACGCGCAAUGUGUGGUUUGUCCAGCAGGAGGGGUUCUAUUGUGAGUUGGUGAGGAGGUAA